CCGAUGCGAAGAGAGAGGGACCAACUUUCGGGAGUCCAGAGUUGAGUGCCGCCGACAUGGAGAACUCGCUGACCGAGUCCGCGCCCAUGGCCGAAUUCGACAAGAGUCCGCAGGACGAGCUGGACGGUGGGCCCGACGACCUGCCGCCGCCGCCAACCACCAUCGGCGCCGCCGAGGACCAAAAAUCAAGGAGCUACUCCGGUGAAAACAGGGGUGGCUGGGCAUGUGGCAACUGGUUCGAGUUUCUGCUCGUGGUAGUGGUCGCCAGCAUCCUCCUCUUGGGCGCCCUUGGUCUGGUCAUCUUCUGGGUCUUCUACUACCGCAAUGGAGUCGGUUGGCUUGACGAACCGGAACUGCUCUUCAACUACCACCCUAUUCUCAUGAUAGGCGGAUUUAUCACCCUUUCUGGAUUCUCGGUGCUGAUGUACAGGAUCUGCCGCUGCUGUCGCCGAAUUUACGUAAAACUGCUGCACACCUUCUUCCACCUGCUGGCCAUGCCCUGCAUUGCUCUCGGCUUCAUUGCUGUCCUUGAAAGUCACAACAGGGCCACUCCGGAACCGAUUCCCAACUUCUACAGUCUGCACUCAUGGAUGGGCUUUGUCACUAUGGGACUUUUUGCUCUGCAGUUUGUCGUUGGAUUCUUCAGCUUCUUGGUGCUGUUGUGCUGCGAAAGCGCAACCGCUUCCUUCAGAGCCGCGCUGGUGCCAAUCCACGCCACCUUCGGCAUCACAACCUUCCUGCUGGCUGUGGCUACCUGCCUCACUGGUCUCACCGAGAAAGUCAUCUUCACACUCAAAGAAUCAUACUCCGAAUUUCCUCUUGAGGGAAUAGUGGUGAACACCCUGGCCGUGGUUUUGGUGGCGCUGGCCAUCCUGCUGUCUUACGCUGUUCGCCGAGAUCUGCCAAUCGGCUCAACACUCAAAGUGGCAGAGAUCAAAUAAUUUUAAAUCAUCUCUAAAGAGUAACAUCAACACGCACAAAUAACAACAAAUAUUAUUUAUGUCUCGAUCAAUUAAGUUUUCGUUGAACUUUUUCUUAGCUCGUCACCGUACAAACCACUCUCAAGCCCUCUCUAUUCCUCUCAAAAGGUGUACAUAUUAAUUUUUAUGUGUUAGUAGUCUGGUUUUAUUGUAAUUUUAAAAAUAAGCAUGACCAAGAAAGCCAGAAAUUGAUUGCAAGUUUUAUGUAUGUUGAUGGAAUCGCAAAAAUUAUUGGGACUCGAUGCUGCUUGAUGGAUAUAUCACCAGCUCCCUGAAGUCUCUAAUGUAGGCAAAGUGGAAAGACUGAAGAUGGCAUGGUAUUAUGGAGUUUUAUAGUGCUCUCAUUUGUAAUCACUCUGCGACCUGUUUGUUCUUUUCACCUGCUGACAAAGCAAAACCAAGCAAUCAUUCAACUGUGUUCAGAAAGCUAAGCGCAAGAAAUGAUGAGUUAUACACAGCACUGUGCUCAAAUCCUCAUUAUGUCAAAAGAUUUACUUUUGAAUUGCUUAUAAUGCAGAAUCUUAAAAAUCCUUUUACACCAUUGUUAUGGACCACAAUUUCUAUUUGUAUCAAUUUUUAACUCUUUGAUCUUUUUGGACAUUUAAAAAUUUAAUCACAUUUUUCUAACCUUAUAACAACACCUGAAUUCUUUGGAAAUGACUGGGCGCUUUGGAUCUGUUGAGCUAUUAUUAUAUAGUUGCAUUAUGAAACAAGUGUAGUGUAAUGACCACUUCUAUAAGAAUGGAGUUUAAUACUCUUUAAAUAUACAAAAUAAUUAUUACGAUCAAUAUAUAUUGGUGUAAAAGAAACAUGUUCUCUAUUUACUGUUGUUAGCCAUUCCAGAUUUUAGUUGAACAACAUUCAACUUCAGUAGAGCUAUAGGCAUUUGUUAGAUAUUAAAUAAUUUAUUUCAUCUCACGAGGCCGUGUUCUGUCCCAACGACCAUGAAUUGGCGGUGUUAUUUUAUCAAUACAUCAUUUGCAGCCUUAGUUUUUCUUCAGCGUGUAGUUGAAUUUAUUAAAAUUAUGAGAAUAUAGGUUGAUACUCGUUUAAUUAAAUUAAAAUAAUAAAUGUGAAUUUUUUCAUACACUAAUAAUACACUUGCAUUUAAAACGAGCUGAUUGAAGACAAAGAAUUACAAUGUUACAUGUACCUUAAAGCUACCACUUUAUGAUAAAAUAAACCCCAACACAAUCAUGGAAAAUGCCAAUUUUGAAACUCUUUGAAAAAGAAAGGAUUUGGAAUGUUGUUAAUGCAGCCGACCCAUACGACUGAUACUCAGUGCAACUGGUUGAAUGUCUUGAGGUCCAAUUUUGUACAUGCAAAAAUGUAGAUUUCCGUUUUCUAUGAAUCUUUUUGGAUACAGAAAGUAAAAUAGUAAACAUUUGUGCUACACUC